AUGCCAAACUCCAGCACCGCCAUCGUGCUGCUCCACGGCGCUUUUCACACCCCGGCUCACUACGCGGAAUUUACCUCCGCACUCAGGUCCAAGGGCUAUGAAGUCCACGUUCCCCGUUUGCUUACUAUGAACGGUGUGCGUCCCCCCAAUGCAGAUCUUUACUCCGACUCGGAUUACAUCCGCAGCUAUGUGGAAAGCCUCGUCGAGGCCGGCCGGGAGGUCGUCAUGUUCAUGCACUCCUACGGCGGCGUGGGCCGGCCGGGCGGGGUCGUCCUGUUAAUCUACCUAUCUGCCUUCGCAGUUACGGAGAACAACUCCAUGAUGAGCGUCGUGAGGCGAUUCGGGCAUGAGGAUCUGAUGCCCCUGGCGUUCGACAUCGCCGAGGAUUACAGUACAGCGAGCCGUGACCCGAAGAAGCUUAUCAUUGGGCCUGGUCGGUCGGAUGAGGAGACCGACGCUUACGUUGCGGCUAUGCAGCGUUGGAAUGGGAAGGCGAUGUAUCAGAAUGCGGAGCGGUGUGCUUGGAGGGAGAUCCCCGUGGCGUAUAUCUAUGCCACGGAGGAUAUGAAUGUGCCGAUGGACUAUCAAAAGUGGUUUGUGGAGAAGAUGCGCGAGGAGGGUAGAGAGGUUGAGACGGUUGAGAUCGAGACGGGGCACUGCCCUACUUUUACCAAGUUUGAGGAGACGGCGAAGAUCGUGGAUGGUCUUGUGAAGAAGCUUUGA